AUGUUCCCCACCUUCUCCGCGGUCACCCGCGUGGUUGGCAUCCUGACAAUACUUGGGUGCCUCGUGAAGAUAUUCAACCUAUUGGCCCUCUACCUCCGACCAUCUGGACUGGGUCGUUUCAUCCACAAAUCGAGGAAUGGUGACAGGCCAUGGGCUAUGGUCACGGGUGCAACCAGUGGUAUAGGCCUGGCCUUUGCGCAUGAGCUGGCUUCGCACGGAUUCAAUGUGGUUAUCCAUGGCCGUAACCACGACAAGCUGUCGCGGGUCCUGUCCCAGCUUCAGGCAGCUUUCCCAAUGCAGUCAUUUAAAUCGGUUAUUGCAAACGCAGCCACCAUGACCCGCACUGCGGAUCAGUCGAUCAGCUCGGGCAAGUUCGAAAUGGUGGAUUUCAAAGCAAUUCAGGAGUCGCUGAGUUCCAUCAACUUGACGGUUCUCAUCAAUAACGCAGGCGGGGGUCACUGUGGAAGCCCGACCGAUCCGACUUGCCAGCCACUGAGAGAAUCAUCCGAAGACCGCAUCGUGGGCGACUUUAGUCUGAACGGCCUGUUUCCUCUGCUCUUGACUCGAGCGCUUCUGCCAGAUCUAAUGAGAAACUCUCCAUCCCUGGUCAUGAACAUCAGCUCCGUGGCAGAUAAGGGCCUUCCUCUUCUGACCACGUACGGUGCGAGCAAGUCGUUCAUCAUGACGGCAACGCGUUCGUUGCGCCUGGAAAUGCAGAUGGAAAAAGACGCGCAGAAGGAUGUCGAGAUCUUGGGCAUCAGAAUCGGCAAGGUAACCGAAGCCGGGGGCCACAAGGAAGCAGCCAAUCUACUUCUUCCAAGUGCGCAAACCAUGGCAAAGGCGGCUCUGGCCAGAGCUGGCCACGAUAAUGGAGUGGUUGUGGGCUAUUGGGGUCAUGCUCUCCAGCUACUCAUCACUCAAAUCAUAGGGUUGCUGCCUCGUUCCGUGGAGGAUAACGUGCUUGUCAAAAUCAUGGACCAGCAAAGGGAAUAUUAUGAUCAUCUCAAACAAAGUUGA